AUGGGUUCAAUCAGAUCCGCUGCAUCUCAGAAUGCGGACUCUCGCCCACAUGGCCACGAAUCGAGGCCAUCUGCAGAGAUGCAAGCACCAGAGAAAUCCACCUCUCUCUUGCCCACUCAUGAGAGAACCCCCACUCGCCUUCAUGGGCUUUUCCGUGUGGACACUGCAGGAGAAAGUGGACGGUCUGGUAUCCAUCCGCUCCAUCUGCUGGUAGUGUGUUUUAGGAGCGUCUGCACUCUAUCGAUGAUCGUCAAUGUCCUCUGGCCCUUUGUCCCAGCUGCUAUCGUCAUGCACUUUGCCCGGCCAGACCUCCAUGUCUGGAUCUUCAUUCUCAACUACAUCGCGAUGGUGCCAUCAGCCAACCUUCUUGGCUUUGCAGGUGGGGAGCUGGCCAAAAAGUUGCCCAAGAUGCUAGGGGUUCUCUUGGAGACAACUCUCAGCUCGGUAGUGGAAAUCGUGCUGUUUAUGGUCCUCCUUCACAACGACGGCGAGCGUGGAGUUGACCUGAUCCCGGUCAUUCAGGCUGCCAUCCUUGGCUCCGUCCUGGCUAACCUGCUCCUGUGCUUGGGCAUGUGCUUUUUCGUCGGAGGCCUUCGGCGUGAGGAGCAGGUGUUCCACGAGGCAGUUAGCGAAGUGGGCACAGGACUCCUCCUGGUGGCAGGCUUUGGCCUUUUGAUCCCUACCGCUUUCUUUUCAGCUUGGAGAAACAAUACCAACCAGCACUAUACCCUGGAGAAGCUGUCGCAGGAUGUCUUGAUGAUCAGCCGUGCCACUUCAGUAAUCCUCCUGAUCGCCUUCGUCGCCUACCUUGUUUUCAACCUGCACAGCCAUAAUUCGAUUUACGACGAGGUACUGGAGAAGGAUGAAGCGCAGGAUGAAGAUCGAGAUGAGGAGAUGAGGAGGGCGAAACUCACAAUGACCGAAUGUCUGGUGAUAAUUGCGGUCUCUCUGACUUGUGUCUGCAUGUCAGCAGUGUUUCUGGUCCAAGAGAUCGAACACAUCGUGGAACUGGGCAUUUCCGACAACUUUAUGGGGUUGAUUUUGGUCCCUCUGGUCGAGAAGGCCGCCGAGCACCUGACGGCCGUCGACGAAGCCUGGGACAACCAGAUCAACUUUGCUCUUUUCCAUUGUUUGGGUCCCUCGAUUCAGACAACACUGUUGAACGCUCCCCUCGCCGUCCUUGUGGGAUGGGGUAUGGGCAAGGGGAUGAGCCUGAAUUUUGAGAUCUUCAUGAUCGUGCUCUUGGUACUGUCGAUCUUGGUCGUGGGCAAUUUCCUGCGGGAUGGCAAGUCCAACUGGCUCGAGGGAGCGCUGUGUGUGAUGGUCUAUGUGAUUAUCGCGGUCACCAGCUACUAUUAUCCCCCCGUGCACAUGGCAUCGACCAACCUGGCCUAG